AUGAAUGCCAGCGAAGAUACAGAAAGAACUCCGACACCAUCGCCACCACUACCGACUAGAUUUGAAAUUGAACUUGAAUUUGUUCAAUCGUUAUCGAAUAUACAAUAUAUAACGUAUCUUAUAACGAAUCAAUCUAAACAGUGGAAAUCGGUUACAUUCAAGAACUAUUUGAAAUACUUAGAGUACUGGUGUGAUCCACCUUACGCAAAUUGUGUUGUAUAUCCAAAUUCUCUCUACAUUUUGAAGUUAAUGAACGAUUUUUACGAAAAAAAUGCAAAAUAUAAUGAAGAAACAGGUUAUUUAGAAAAUAUAGAUGAAUUACCAGUCUUUUUACAAUUACAUGGAAGUCAGUUGAUGAAUGAAAUGGUUAACAGAUGGCAAAAUUGA